CGCAACCGAAACAUUAAAAUGACCCAGUACACAAACCUUAGUCGCAGUCCAGAAUUGGUUAAAGCUGAGGGAGUAGUGUCAAGGAACUUUAAGAAGAAGAUAAUGCUGGUCAGUGCUCUGGACCUCAAACCAUAUCAUGGAACAGAUGUAGAAGAUCCUCAACAUUGCGCAUUCAUAUAUCUCUCCAGAAUUGGAAAAGAUGAAAAUACACUUUUUACUUUCCAAAACGACACUUGCUUCUUGGGAAAGCACAGGGACAUUGAAAGAAGAAUUGUUGAGGCAGGACUGCAGACAACAAAUAACACUUUAAGAGUUUGGCAAGAAGAUUUCCCAACAUGUCAGAUUCCUGAAGACCCUUUGAACGGUAGGUUUGACUGCUACAUGAAUAUUAGAACAGAAAAGUGUUUUCUUGUUUGCACACCAGGAUUUGUUCCACGUUUAUACCGAGGCACUUACUGCAAAGAAAAAGGAAAAACUGGUGAAUGGAAUGUGAGCAUCUCUAGUAUGGAUUGUAUACCAACCACAACAAUAUUUGUAACAGGAGGAAUCUUUAAGGACCUUCUCGACCGUGUUUUUAAGCCAUAUCAGCCAGAGGAACUAAGAUAUAGAACCGGGACUUGGUUUUACAGACCAACAGCUCAAUAUUUCAGGGGAAAACUGCUAUUAAGUGGAGGUUUCCACACAAAGAAUAUGAUGCAUAAUUACGAUAGUAGUUCUAAAGCAUUGAAUCCCUAUCUGAAUCUGAAAUCUUUUCAUGAGAUUGGUACAACGGUUGUUGUUCAUGACAAACUCUAUACUUUAGGCCCUUAUACAAAUUUGGCGGAGUAUUACCAGGAAAAUAAUGAAGGCAAAACAUUUGCGGGACCUAUUCUUCAAUCCACUGGCUUCUAUCGAUGUGCAGUUAGUGGACCACUGGAGAUAAUGAGCAAGCAUAGAUCUAGUCCUACCCCAGUCCAGCUAAUAGCUCUCCACACAGCUAGUCCAACUAUAGACGAGGAUGUACCUGAGGAAACUCUAGAUGCUCAAGCUGGUCCUAUUGACAGGGCUACUGGAGUCAUAGAGCAACUCACAUAUCCAAGACAAUCAAGUCCAACCAAAGUUCAGCUAGUUCAACUACAGGUCCAAACCAACUCUCCAGAUGUUCCUAGGGACAGAAACACUGGAGAGAGUCCAGCAUAUAUAGAUAGAAGAGAACUAGACUGUCUAGCUAAUACAUCAGGAGCUGCUCCAUACUAUACAGAGGAUUCUAUACAAGAUUCUGAUAUAGUUUGUGGAUUGGAGCAGCUAGAAUACCAGUAUAGAUCAAUGACUCCAGGAGAGGAGGACAUCUCCAUGAUCUAUGAGGACAAGAUCUACCAUCCUCCAGAUAUGAAUGAGAUAAUCCAGGAUACCAGAUGCUAUACCAUCCUGGGAUUGGAGAUGAUAUGGUGCUCUUCACAAACAGCUCUUCACCGACCUGUUGUAAUAGCAGCUGGGAAUGUAGUUGAACCAUCUCAGCUAGUGGGAGCAUCUCAGAUAGUAGGAGCCACUGUGGAUAUUGUGGACAUAUCUCAUAAUCUAGGAGCAGCUGUGGAUAUUGUGGAUAUAUGUCAAACUCUAGGAGCAGCUGUAGAUAUCGUGGACAUAUCUCAUACUCUAGGAGCAGUUGUGGAUAUUGUGGACAUAUAUUAUACUCUAGGAGCAGUUGUGAAUAGCAUGGACACAUCUCAGCUAUUAGGAGCAUCUCAAAUGGUAGGAGUAUCUCCGCAAACAGAGUAUCAGGGACUCAAUGAGCAGUUUCGGUAA